GCCAGGAUGGAAGUGGUCUCUGGAGAGACAUCGAGAGCUUGCAGUCUCAUCCAGAGAGGACUUAACUGGAAUUGAUUGAUCAAGAAUUUAUGGUUGACGAGCUCAGCAGCUGAAAGUUGCAUCAUCACAGGGCGAUGCCUCGCCAGAUUGUUGCUCAAAUGCAGUAGCAUCUGACUGACAGUGACUGAACAGUGAGCAUGGAGGACAGGAGAGAACCCCCAGGUGGAUUUAAGACCCUCAUUUGUGAAGAAGACUUGCACGAUGAAGAGCAUCCUCCUCGUCAUCAAUCUAACUGGCACUAUGUGUCCAUGUUCACUGUUAGUAAUGGGAGAUGGUACAGACUGGCUGCUGUGAGCCUGGCACUUCUUGCUGCUGUUCUGCUGAUACUUGACAUUGGCCUGGGAGUCCACUACAACAAACUCACAGAUACUCACCUCACGCUCGAUGACACCAAACGCAUCAGCAAAGAGUUGGCCGACUUGCAGGACACUUACAAGGCUGCAGUAGAAACCAUGAAGGAUGCCAGGAAGCAGCUGGACAGUGAGACGAGCCGUCAGACACAAACCAACUGGGAGCUUGAAUAUCAGACAAAAAGAAGCAAUGACUACAAAAGUCAGAUUGAAACAAUCACAAAGGAAAUCGAAACCAUGAGGUCACACUUACCAAUGAUUAGCGAUGGCUGCAAACACUGUCCUGCAGGAUGGAUCUUAAUGAACUCCGUGUGUUACUACUUCCCCUUGAAAUCAGAUCAAGUGAAAAACUGGAAAGAAUCCAGAGAUUUCUGUCAGCUGCAAGGAGGAGAUCUUAUAAUCAUAAACAGCCAAGACAAAGAAAACUUCACAGUAAAUUUCCUGAUAAAUCAUAAAAGUAAAUCCUCGAUGGGCUUCUGGAUUGGACUGAGCGAUCUCCAUGAGGAAGGAACUUGGAAAUGGUGGGAUGGAACAUUUCUUAAUGAAGGGUACUGGCUUGAUGGGGAGCCAAAUGAUUUCCAUGGCGAAGACUGUGCAGCAGUGUAUCCCAUAGAAAACUUCUUCAAAGCUUGGAAUGACGCUGAAUGUGGAAGGAGGAUGAAAUGGAUUUGUGAAAAAGCGCUUACAACCAUGAGCUAAAAUGCUUAAUGAGGCAUACAAUCUUAGAUAUGUGCAUGAUACCAUCAAAUCUCUGUAAGCAUUUAAUAAUGCACUUUUCUUUCAAGUUAACAAGAGUUUGUUUUUUAGUUUCUUCACUUUGUUUUCUACACCGUGCAUCACUCACACAUAUACACACAUCUCCACACUCAUACACACCCUACAGUACUUCAGUUUGCUUAAUAAAAUGACUUUGCUAAACCG